AUGGGAUCGUCGGGACAAGCCCAGACAGUACAAGCCAGUAGCGACAGUUCACCGACGCCCUCCAUCGCUGGCACGGCAAUGGGGGCAAACACUACAAGGCCGGUACGAUCAUCUCAGCCGUCAACCAGCCCGAAUAUCGUCUCUAUCACGGAGUACGAAGCAACCCCUAGCAACCAAGAACAGCCACGGCAGGCCUCUACCAGCAAGGAAGUCGAUGAAGUGCCCAUCAGUGCCUACGAAAUUCCCUCACAUCCGAGCCUACCUCUCUGGGAAAGGCUCCUUGAUUCGACUCACCGAGACACGAUAUCUUGUCUUGACGGGCUCGGGAGAGUGGAGGAUGAGUUCAAGAGCUACACACGGCGGCUGGAGGAGCAGAUUUCUAUCUUGAAUGAGCAUAAUUCUCGUCUUAUAGACCUAGUGAGCCAUUGCAAGAAAUCUGAGAGAGAAUAUGCUCAGUCAGCUCGGCAGUGCUCUACACUUCUUGCUGCCGUUCGUAAGUCGGAAGCGGCUUAUAUUGGCUAUAACAAAAAUCUUCACGAGCUUGUUGAAGCCCACGUCCGCUUGAAAGCCAUUCGCGAAAAGGCACCGGAGCCCGACAGCCAUAUCCGUGCGUCUGAUCAUGAGGAACGACUUCGAGCAGAGGAAGAGGAGAUACAGUCUUUUGCUGAGACAGUAGAGGAACAUGAAGCUGAGGUCGUGAAGCUCAGAUCGGUGACCGCUAGGCUCGUGCAGAUUGGGAGUAAAGGGUCUCAAUCUUCCAAGGAUGGGGAAAAACAAAGGCUCGGCCUCUUCCCGGGCAGAGCAGUCAAGACUAUGCAAACGCGCUACUCCUUCGGUAGACGCGUCCUCGGGCCUACGACACCCACGCAGCCGCAGCUACCACUCUAUCUCGCGCCUCCUGCCUACGCUUCGCCUCCGGUCAACGACGUACCUCCGGUCUAUGAAUCACCUUACCCCUCUUAUCCCAGUCCAACGGCCAACACUGGAGCAUACGACGGUAAUACUAUAACUCUCAGUCCAGGCGAGGUUGACAGGCCUUUCGCUCCCAUGCCCGAACCAUCACUUCGCCCUGGGGCAUACGAGGACAAUACAAUAGUUAUCGAAUGCGCUGAGAGUGAGCUUGGUUCGUGUGCUCCAUGGAAUGCUGUGGCUACCAAUUUCAACGCUGGGCCGGACCAACCCGUGAUGCGGGCUCCCGACGUCCCUAUUCCUACAAUCGGAGAGUCCUUCCCUGGGGACGAAGAUAGCGGGAAUGAUGCAGAUCAGUUUGGCUAUGACUACUGCACUCGAUGCGAGGAGUGCCAGUAUUGUGAAGACUGCAAACGCCUAAGAGAUGAUAGGACGCCGUCCAUUGACAUUCCAGAUAAUUUCGACACUGUCAGAUCCGAUGGCUGGACAGCGUUCCGUGCACGCCCCGUACCUGCUACCCCCGAGUUUGAACCAUCUCAAUCGCCCAGCGAUAUCGAUCUUAUCGUGACGCCCCCGGAUGCGGUCGACGUGAUGGCUAUUGACGAAUCGCCGGUCCAGCGAAUAGCGCGGGAAUGUAUCGAUGCCUUAGCCUCAGGAGCUAGAAGAGAUGAGACGGAGAGGGCGUUUGAUUUGUUUAGUUUUAGUCGAUCGUAUGAGGAUGCGGAUAUGCGGUUCUGA